AUGUUAAUUCUGCACGUUCUUGGCAUACUCGCAUGCACAACCGGUACGCACUACGAAGUACCAAUAGACGUAAUAUUUGAGGAUGCAGCGUUCCAAAAAGCGGUGGGUGAGCUGCUAAGGAACAGGGACUUGCCGCACGAGUACAACGAUUCAAUGGAAUAUUCGGUGGGUGAAAAUCUGAUUGAGGAGGUGUUGGAGAGCGUUGAGAACUACGUGAAUGCCCUGCUGUUUGAUCUGGAGGUGAGCGUGCUCCUGAGUUUCGUGUACGAAGACACGAACAGAGUAUCGCAGCAGGUAUGUGCCAAUCCCUACAGAAUGCACGGCAUUCUAAAGCAACUGCCGGCGUAUAAGAACACCAUUUAUGUGGCGGGGUGUGCGGACCAACCACAGGAGCGUGCACGAACGGACUUUCCGGAGGGCCACGUGAAGGGAGCAGAGCUGUCGGUGUAUACCAACACACGUGACCGGCCAGGCAACAAAACCAUGCUGAGCACGUCGUUCAAUUCGUUUAGCGUGCUGAAAAGGCACAAAAUGUCACCGUAUGAGUUUAGGAAGGCCGCACAGAUGCGUGAUAUGGCAAUUAUGAACAGCAUACGGUUGCAGCGCGAGAAGAGAAAGCCUAUGCCGUUUAGAAAGCAGUACACCACGAAUGCGUCUAGGUGUGUGAUCUUGUCCGGUGUGUACCUGGAUGAGCACUAUGUGUACAAUUUGAGGAAGGCGGUUAUGGAGAUAGUGGGGGGCGGAGCUGUCAGAGCAAAUGUGGAUGCGGAUAUUCGGAGGGGCAUUUGUGAAUACGUGAGGAGUUGCUACGAGGGAGAGGUGCUUGAAGAAAUGUGAAUAGGAGGUGAUGAUGAGGAGGUGAAGAGGAGAUGAGGAGGAGAUGAUGAGGAGAUGAUGA